CUGUGUUUGGAGUCUUUACUGCAGGAGCCAAACAUCAAGGGGUCAAACAUUAACCCCCCUGCACUGUAUAAAAGCUCCGCGCGCGCCGUGGAGGUCAGAAAAGCCCUCGAGCUCGGACCAUAACCUCGCUUUCACAGCCUUCCUCCCACCUUCACUUCCUCGGCAUUUUGGAACCAUGCUCGUGCUCGUGCUCGCGCUCGCGCUCUCGUGCCUCCUCGUGCCCGUGCGUUCUUCUCCGGUCGCGCCUCCUCCUCCGCCUCUGCCGAUCCGCUGCGCGCCGUGCACGGCGCAGCAGCUGAGCGCGUGUCCGCCCGUGCCUGCGCGCUGCCCAGAGGUGCUGCGCGAGCCGGGUUGCGGCUGCUGUCUGGCGUGCGCGCUCUCGCGGGGGGACGCGUGUGGCGUGCACACUGCGCCCUGCGGCUCGGGCCUGCGCUGCGUCCCGCGCGCCGGAGACCCACAGCCUCUGCACUCGCUCACGCGCGGCCAGGGCGUGUGCGCGGAGCAGGAAGAGAAGCGGGAGGAGGAGCGCGGCUCGCAGCAGGACGCUGAAACGCUGAUGCUGAAACACAACACCGUCCCCACGGAGGAGUCCGAUCAGGACUCCCUGCACGCGCUCCUAGGAAUGAGCAGCGCGCUGGACCCCGAGACGCACGACGCCAUACGGGCCAAAGCGAACGCCAUCCUCAAGAAGCUCGUGCAGCUGGGUCCCUGUCACACUCAGCUACACACUGCUUUGGACACCAUCGCCGCCUCUCAGCAGGCCUUAGGAGAGAAGUUCACGUCAUUCUACCUUCCGAACUGUGACAAGCACGGCUUCUACAAGGCCAAGCAGUGUGAGACCUCUCUGGUAGGCCAGCCUCCACGUUGUUGGUGUGUGUCGUCCUGGAACGGAAAGAGAAUUGUAGGGUCCAGUGACGUGUCGGUAGAUGACCUCUGCCAUCAGGAGGUCACUCACUGAAGACGACCUUCAUCACACACACUUGAGAGAAAAGGAGUUUAUCCUUAAUUUAUUUUUUGUUCUAUGACUUUAUGACUACUUAUUUAUUUAAUAUAUAUAUAUAUAUGUUUAUAUGCUCAGAUAGUAGUAAUUUGGAGUAUUUAUGCAGAAUAUUUUGCUUGCAAAUAGAAAAGGUGAAUUAUUACUGUUAUUAUUAAUGGUUUAUUGGUUGUUUUGUUUUGUUUUUUUUGUUUUGGUCUAAACAACUCCAGUGCUGAAGAACCGCACAGCUGCACUUCAGCCAGACAUGUUAUGUUUUGGAAGUGUAAUAUUGUAAACAUACAUUGCAGCAGAUUGAAUUCAUACAUAUACAGUAUUGUGUAGUCCACCCUUCAUUUAUACAAUUUUCAGUCAAAUUGUCCUUUAAAUACAAGUUUAUCUUUCAGCAUCAGGAAAAAAAGCCUCACAAUUAAAUAUAAUAUCAAGCCUUUCAGUUUUUAUUGGGCUCCCAUUCUUUUCAGGAGCCUCGCUUUCAGUUUUUUCAAAGAAAUAUGCAGGGAUUUUUUUUCACAACUCCAAAGUUCAGUCUUUUUCUUAGCAUAACCUCUUAAUGGCUUCUUGAACAGCUGCACAUCCUUUCAGACCCAUAGCGUUGAGUCGUCCUCUCACAGUGGAAGGAUGGACAGAAACACCUGUGGAUGUUUUCAGAUCUGAAGCAGCUUGAUUUUCUCCUCUCUCUCAAAGAUGAAAGCUUUAAGUGCUGUUUGAGGACAGUUUUGGUGUCUACCAAGCCUUGAAUUUUGGAGACUCUCCUCAAAAAUAUCUCCUGAAAAAUCAAUAAUAUGAACUUCAUGGCCGUUUUGGCGAGAGGGUAAAUAAAUGAGGGCUGGACUGACUUUUGCACAUUGCUGUAAAUAUUGCAAAUGCAUUGCAUUUUGAAUAAAGGCAGGCCAGUCAGAUUUUGGACCUGUGCUACAACAGCUUGGCCAUUCAUUUGCUUUAUGAUGUGCCAAUACGUCCUACAUUUGUGCGUGCUCCUCAAACAUUCUGCCUCAACCUGCUAGCCGCGUGUUUUCGGCCCGCUUUUCUGCCCCUAAAAGGAAUAGCGCUGGAUUUUUUUCUGCUUACUUGGGACAACUGCCAAUUGAUCCCAGAUGUUUUGAAGUAGAUCGCAGUUCUGGCCUGUGUUUGUGGCUCAUGUAAAGCUUCUCUACCUCUACAAAAGUCCUACAAAGUGCAGGUUCCUCAGCCUCGGCCCAGGCUUCGGUCAGCUUCUCAGUGCCAAAACACUUCCUCUCCGUGUCCGCAGGCUUGAGUCGAUGGCCGUACGGCUGUUUUUUUGGAAGCCGUGCGGAGCUCCUGCUGGUUUUGGAGAGCAGGAGCCAUAGGGGCCGGGGUUCGGCUUCUGCUGCAGCAUCGAUAUUUUCAUUGCUUAAAGCUUAAAAAGCCAAGUCGGUCCAGGAACACUUUAUGAAUGCGGCUCCAGUGUUGCCGCAUACCGAGCCUUUACACAGGAAAAGAGA